AUGCUAAGGAGCUUUUUCAAAUUGAACUACCGCAACACGCCACACAUUAUGGGAAGCCAAAUGGACCAUCAUCCCACUCCUCUUGGAAACUGGCUUGAAACCCUCUUCAACAAGUUGUUUUACCAGCCAGAUGAUGGACUAUGCAAAAAAGCGAUGGAAGAAGAAAUAAGCCCUCAGUUGAAAAUUUGUAUCAACGGUCAGCAUAUGCCGAGGGAGAGCUAUGAUCGGGUGAUAGCAGAGACAAGGCGUACAUAUAACAUCCGUGUGCAAAGUAGCCGUGAACUGCUGGCCUCAUCUGAUGCAACAGAUAAGGGUGUUGGUUCCGUUGCGCACAUUCAGACUUUUACAUUGGAGGAUAAGAAAACAGGCGCUCAACGCAAGCAGACAAGUUUGACCAUUUCUGUGAUUGCGUCCGGUGAUGGAGGGAAACAGUUGGUUGAACUGUCGGAGAUUAUGUUGGAGAACUGA